UGGGGGAAGGGGACGACGCCGUCAUCUUGAAAAAGUGCCCUGUCUUGUUUUUUCGCGCCUGUCAAGACUUUAACAUUUAUUAUCGUCAACUUUCUCAUGUUUAUAUCUUUUACACUUCUGCUCGACGUUUUAUUUAAGGUUUCUUCGAGCUCAAUGUCGGGCUCCCGCGGCGUGAAAAGCUCUUAAUCGGUGCCUGUUGAGUGCAUUGCUGUGGCCAAGGUGGGCUCUGCUGCAUGUGUGCUGUUCCUUAGCGUCUCUCUGCUGCCCGCAGUGCCUGGAAUGGGCCAGAAGUCCCAAGAAGUUCAAGCGUUCUUUUCUUUUUAAUCAGCGUUUUUACCCUCUGAGCUGUGUUACGCUCAGAAGCACCAUGUUUUGGAAGUUUGAUCUGCACACGACGUCGCACAUCGACACACUCCUGGACAAGGAGGACGUGACUCUGACGGAGGUGAUGGACGAAGAGGACGUUCUUCAGGAGUGUAAAGCUCAGAACCACAAGCUGGUGGACUUCCUUGUGCGACCGCAGUGCAUGGAGGACCUGGUGGGAUACAUCACUCAGGAGCCAAAUGACGACGUGGAGGAGAAAAUUAAAUACAAGUACCCCAACAUAUCCUGCGAGCUCCUCACUUCAGAUGUUGGACAGAUCAAUGACAGAUUAGGCGAGGACGACAGUUUAUUGAUGAAACUUUACGGCUUUCUGCAGAACGAGCCUCCUCUGAACCCGCUCCUGGCCAGCUUUUUCAGCAAAGUCCUGAGCAUUCUCAUUGGCAGAAAGCCGGAGCACAUUGUGGAGUUCCUGAGAAAGAGGGAAGACUUUGUGGAUCUAAUGAUCAAACAUAUAGGAACCUCAGCCAUCAUGGACCUUCUCCUCAGGAUGCUCACCUGCAUCGAGCCGCAGCAGCUUAGGCAAGAUGUUUUAAACUGGUUGAACGAGGAGAAGGUGAUCCAGCGGCUGGUGGACAUGUUGCAGCCCUCUCAGGAUGAGGAUAGGCACUCAAACGCUUCCCAGUCGCUGUGUGAGAUCAUCCGCCUCAGCAGAGAUCAGAUGUUCCAGGUACAGGGUUGCUCUGAGCCCGACCCCCUGCUGGCCACACUGGAGAAACAAGAGACUGUAGAGCAGCUGCUGUCCAACAUCUUUGACAAAGAGAAGAACGAGUCUGCGAUAGUCAGCGUAAUCCAGAUUCUUCUAACGCUGUUUGAGACGCGGCGACCAGCGUUUGAAGGCCAUCUGGAGCUCUGUCCUCCUGGACUUAAUCACCCAUCCUUCUCAGUUAAUCAGAGCAUUCUUGAUGCAGUCAGACCCAGACUGAAAGAUUUCCACCAGCUCCUGCUGGAGCCUCCAAAGAAAACCGUUCUGAAGACCACGUGGGGGGUGCUGGACCCGCCUGUGGGGAACACGCGACUUAAUGUGGUCAGACUAGUGGCCAGUCUUCUGCAGGCCAACACGCAUAUCAUCAACCAGGAGCUGAUCAACCUCAACAUGCUGGGAGUCAUUCUUGAUAUGUACUUCAAAUACAUAUGGAACAACUUCCUGCACAUACAAGUAGAAAUCUGUACUGCCAUGAUAUUAGCAAUGCCACCGACCCAAAGCGACGCAGAAAUAAACAGAGAUGAAGACCAAGAGCCCAUUAGAGAAAACAUCCUCAUCACACACCUCUUUCAGAAGUGCCGACUGAUCCAGAGAAUCUUAGAUGCGUGGAGCUCCAACGAGAGCGAACAGCUUGAAGGUGGUCGUCGGAGAGGCUACAUGGGUCACCUGACCAGAAUAGCCAACUCUAUAGUGCAUAACAGUGACAAGGGCCCCAACGGGACUCAGAUCCAGCAGCUCAUCUCAGAGCUGCAGGAGGACGACCGGGAGAGAUGGGAAGCCUUCACCUCGGGGCAGCUAGCAGACACAAACAAGAAAAACACUGUAGACUUAGUUAACACGCAUCAUAUUCACUCAUCCAGUGAUGAUGAGGUAGAUUUCAAAGACAGCGGUUUCCACCAGGACUCUUCUCUGCAACAAGCCUUUUCUGAUUAUCAGAUGCAACAAAUGACGUCCAAUUUUAUUGAGCAGUUUGGCUUCAAUGACGAAGAGUUUGCCGAUCAGGACGAUGUUGUGGAUAUUCCCUUUGAUAGAAUAUCAGACAUCAAUUUUUCCUUGAAUACAAAUGAAAGUGCGAACAUGGCUCUCUUUGAGGCGUGCUGUAAAGAGAAAAUCCAGCAGUUUGAAGACGCUGGAUCAGACGAGGAAGAUAUUUGGGAUGAGAAAGACAUGACGUUUGCUCCCGAAGCUCAGAGGCGCCCCAGGAGCUCAGGCAGCACUGACAGUGAGGAGAGCACAGACUCUGAGGAGGAAGAUGUGAAGCGGGACCCAUUUGAGCCGGCUAACACUGCUGCUGAUGACAGAAUGGAAGUGGACAGUGGAGAAGGACCUGUUUGGACAGCUAACUUUGAUGACAUCCCUAUGGAUACAGGCAGCGCGUCGAAUGCUCCACUCUCCUCUCCCACCGAACCUGCAGCCUGGAGCUCACCUACUACCACUGUCGCCACGGAGACCGGCUGGGCCGACUUCUCCAGCUUCACACCUGUGAGCCCCAAAGACCCACUGAGGAGCAACUCCCCUGUAGCCAUGGAGACGAAUGUAGAGACGGUGGAUCCUCUCGGGGUGAAUGCGCCUGCAGGUGCAGGGCAGUGGUCCACUGAUGAAGCUGCCCAGACACCCGUUUCUCCCAGAGGCAAGUUGGGAGGUUCGGAUGCGGACGAGGAACCGGCCAGCGACCGAAUCACGGAGACGGUCACCAACGGCUCCAUGAAGGAAACGCUCAGCCUUACUGUAGAUGCCAAAACCGAAACUGCUGUUUUCAAGAGGGUGUUGAAAUCUUAUCGUGAGGAGAAGCGAUCUACCUCUGAAGAUGCAUCUGCAAAGUAUGUUGUUGGGGAGAGCGGUGAAGGCGAGAGGAAUGCAUCUACGCUGCCUGCUAGCAACUGUCAGAAAUCAGGUGCAAAGCACUUAGAAGAGAAAACAAAAGCUACUUGCGAGGCUCUCAACGGUCCACUCGAGAACGCGGCAGCCAUGGAAGAAGCCAAAAUCGAACAGUGCGUGCCCUCCCCGGAGGCAGCGGUGAAUGGCCCGGUGUGAUAACGGGCAAUGCCAGUUUUAGCUCCUCCCUACCACCAGGGGGUGCCGACCGGGAGCCAGCGCUACCGCAACAGACUAACUUCACCAGAUCAGGACCAGCAAUAUUCAUAUUAGACAGCUGUACAGAAAAAUUCGAACUGUAUGAAGAGAAACGUACUCUAAUGAUUUUUUUUUUGCAUUCGUUUAUAUACUAUUGUUCUUAUGAGGUGAUCUGUCUGAUAUCUUGCCACUCAAAGUUAAUAGUAAUGUUGCUAUAGUUAAAAUGAUUGUAUGAAUAAAAAUAUUUUAUAAAAAGACAAAUGUAUACAGAAACAGAAGAUUAAUAACCAAACUAUACCGAUUGGAACACAGUGUGACCAAAAGAUAAGCUGUUUCUUUUUUCCUUUUUCUUUAUUUUUUUUUUUUUUUGAUAGGGGUUCCUCUUGCACAAAAUCUGGUAUUUAAUUUCCAAGUAAAAGCAACAGCUACGAAAAAAAUGUAAA